AUGAGGAUCUCCUUGGCCCUGCUCGUCCUGCUGCUGGCAGCUGCCUGGACUGGAAGCCACGGGAUGUCCUUCCGCAGCCUCAGAGCCAAGUGCUGCUCCAAGGAAAUGUUCUACCACCGGAAAAUCCAAGAGUCCAGGAUCGUGGGCUACCUGGAAACACCUUCCACCUGCACCCACAGGGCUGUCUUUGUGAAGCUGCUGAAAGGGAUGGUCUGUGUGGACCCAGACAAGAAAUGGUUUCAGGAGUACCUGAGGAAGCAGAAGAAUCCAAACAGCACCUCCAUGUGA